AACCAUGAUUACAAAAUAAACUAUUUUUAUUUUAAUGGUGAAAUUGCUUGACUGAGACGCGGCAUUAUUCCGACAAUGUAACGGGAAUUCCUGUAACAUGGAACUACACGUGACACGGACGCGUGGCAAUUUAGUCAAUUUUGUCCAUUUCGUCAUAUCUAACAUCUUGUUGUUUUAAUAUUAAUCACGCUUCUGCGCCAUUGUGACAGACGAAGAUGAGAACGACUCAAAACCACACAGGCUCGAAGGAAUGAAAACGUAGUUACACGCACGGAAUACACUAGAAAGUCACAUUCCUCAGUACGGAAGGAGAUGGACAUUCAACAGAAGCUGUGGUUAGCGGCUCUGAAUGGAGACGCAGUAGAGGCAAGGCAACUGAUAGAAAAUGGCGCCAAAGUUAAUGCAGCCACUGAUCUGUUUAAGGCGACAGCGUUGCAUCGCGCAUCCUUAAUGGGGAAGGCAGUUGCAGUGGAUGUCCUUUUGAAGGUCGGCGCCAAUGUCAACCAAGAGGAUGGUGAUGGUCUCACGGCCCUGCAUAUGGUUGCGAACAUAGGAAACAGGAUGAUCGUGCAAAAUUUACUUCGAUCAGGAGCAUUUGUGGACGCUAAAAACAGGGAUGGUAGAACACCUCUGCACGUAGCAGCCCUGAACGGAGAUUUCAAAACAGUUCAGCUCCUCAUCUUAGAAAAGGCCGCCAUAGACGUUUUGGAUAAGCAAGGACAUACACCUUUGAAUUUAGCAAAGAUGAAGAUAACGGAAAAGAAGGACGAAGGCUUGACAGAGGCAGCUGAACCUCUGUAUAGAACUGUAGCGCUUUUAGAGAGUGAACAAAAGAAAGCGAAGGAUAUGGAAGAAGAACCCAAUCUUCUCCAUGACUUUGGAGAAGAAGUGGAGGCCAGGUUUCGUGAAUACUUGCUACAAGGCUCAGAGGAGUAUUACGAAAUCAACUUGAUGUUCAUUGGUCAAGCCGGAGUGGGGAAGACAACUCUUACCAAGGGGCUGCUGGGGGAACUUGAUCCUAGUGUGAUACCAGACAGCACCAAUGGUAUAGACCUCCAUCUGCAUCGAUGUAAAUAUGACAGGCAUUCCAGGCAUAUUUACCCAAUUUCAAAAGACAACAGCAGUCAGAUUUUAAAUCAGCGGAUAGGAACUAUGAUUCAAUUGUCUUUAAAGGAUAAACCAGUACAGUGUUCAGGGAGAAUUCCUGUAGAAUCGUUAGAACAGCCCUCUCUAGCACCCAGUUAUCUAGACUAUGGUGUGAAAGAAGCAGAGAGCACAUCAUUGUCGUAUACUACAUCCUCUCCAAGUUCCAUAGACGAAAUGAAAUCUCUAGAAAUGAUUGAAGGAAAUGAAAAUAAACCCAGUCAUGACAAUUUCAGUGAAAUGCACCACCUUGACAAAUCUUCAGUAGAGGGAUCUGAAAUGAUGGGUCCUACUGUAAAACAGGAUAAUACACUGGACUCUUUCCCUAACACCAUGGCAACCAUAGUUAGUGAUAUUUCACGCGAUUCUGCCACUGCAUCAUUUCUAUCUAUGGACGACAACUCUCCGAAUAACCUUCCCAUGCCACAAUCUGUAUCACCUUCAUCAACAAAUGUAAGAAGCCUUGUUAGUAGGGCAAAAGUGCCGUCUUCAGAAGAACGACUCGAGAGGCUUGUGCCAAUAACAAUAUGGGAUUUUGGAGGACAAGAAGUGUUUUACACAACUCAUCAAACAUUUCUGUCAUCCAGUUGCAUCUACAUGAUGGCGUUCAACUUAUUUGAAUUUUGGCGGGAAUUCAAGUCCAUCAAAGGAUCAAAUAGUACACUAAACACCAUAUCAUUCUGGGUAAACUCUGUAAUCACAUAUGCGAAGCAUGCAGUACCAGGGUAUCCAAAAAUUGUUCUCAUAGGAACACACGCUGACUGCUUUCCCGCGGAGGAGCGAGGCAAAACAUUAUGGAUGAUAUUCCAGAGACUUGAGCAGUAUUUCCGACGAAGUCUUCAGAGGCAGUACAUGAUCAUCAAUCCUCGUCAUUUUAUCGACGCUAGAGAUGCCGAGGGUGUACCAUUCGACCUUCUACGUCAGUGUGUUAUGGAAACUGCAGAAUCUUUACCCGACUGGGGAUUAGCUAUUCCACACAAGUGGGUUGUUUUAGAAAACUUGCUUGCCGAUUUAAGAUCAUGUGGGUGCAAGAUCUUGUCUAUUGAUAACCUGCAGACCAUGUUGACAGAUGAAUUUCAAUUUAAGCGUCAGGAAAUCCAAGACUUCUUGGCCUUUCAACACUCGAUCAGCAAGAUCCUUUAUUUCAAAGAUCACUAUCUUCACGAGAACGUGAUUCUGGAUCCUUGUUGGGUGAUUGAUGCAUUAUCAUCAUUUAUUACCGAUGAAAGAAUCUCAGAUUAUGAUUUCAGUGGUAAAUCUGUAGGAUGGAACAAUCUCAGGGACCGUGGACAACUGACUAUGGAUCUUAUAGAAGACGUUUGGAGAGAUUCGAAUUUUUAUCCAUUUAAAGACUAUUUACUUAGUGUCCUUUGUCGACUGGAUUUAAUCACAAGGAGCAAAAACAAGAAUUUCUUCUACGUUCCAGGAAUGGUCAAAGACAGUUGUCCUGAACAGAUAGUUAAUGAUGUCCAUUCUUCAACUGAAGUAGGAUUAGUAUCUUUCAAGAUCUCAUUCAGGAAUAAUUUCUUGCCACCUGCAAUCUACAACAGAAUAAUCGCAGCAUUUCUGUCGAUGUUUGAAAACUUUUCAGAGUCGUCAACACAACUGUUCAACAACUGUGCAAUCUUUGAACUGUCUCGCAGCAGAUGGACAGUUCUCUACAAACAAGCCCAUGAAAUCGAAGUAUUCACAUACAUCAGUGAUCGUCGGGGGAAAGCCGCAGACAUGAAAUCAUUUCACAGUGUGUACAACAUUACUUUAGACUGUCUGAAAGAUAUAUUAAAAAUUUACAGCGCCUUUCAAAAUACCUCUAUAAAACAGUCCGACUUACCUUUUGAAGUGCAGUGUCAAGGAUGCAGAAAACCCCAUUGCUAUAUAAGCAAAAGAGAUUUCCACGAUCUAGAUUGCUUUAGAUGCCCACUUCACGGUGACCAUCUCUGUAGUGUUGAUACCCUCGAAGAGAUAUUUGAAUCUAAGGAAUUCAAAGAAGAAAUGAGUGCAACGUCGAACAAAAUUGACCUCCAAUCAUGUCCUUGUCCGGCUGUCAAAGAAAAUGUGGAAUGCUUCUUAGACUAUGUAGCCAGCAAAUUCGCCGGAAGUGAAUGUGUAUUCCUAUCCGCAGCUCUUGGAUUUAGCCUAACUUUUAUAGAAAAACAACGUCACGAAUUCUCAUGUCAACAUGAACUAGCCUUCAACGUUCUGUACAACUGGAAUAACACUCACCCUCUUCCCCAAAGCAUCAACAAACUAGUACAAGCCUUGGGUGAUAUCGAGCGAAGGGACAUUGUGGAGGAGAUGAACAACUUCACAUUUCAGAAGUUCUUCGAUUCUGCCCACCUGUUAGACAUUCCGAAAUCGGACGAACGGAUUUCGGAUGAAGAUCUAGUAAUUGUAUCGAAGAAGGUGAAACAUUUCAAGCGGUUGUUUCGGUUUCUGCAGAUUUCCCAAAGGUGUGUUGAUGAAUCUGAAGGUGAACUGAAAGGAUCGCCACAAGAUUAUAUAGCACUAAUUAUAUUCUCCAAAUGGAAAGAGUCGGAUGAAAAACCGUCCAGAUUGCGUCUGUGUGCAGCAUUGCUGUACACUGGGAUGAAAGCUGUGGUAGACAAGCUAAUAGAAAAAUGGCACUCAAAAUUGUGAUCUUGAAAAUCCCGUGUAUACAUGUAUAUUUGUGAGACAUACAGGAUGCUUUUGUCUCAUACUGUAAUUAGCUAUCGUCUUGCAGGUUACUUCAAUAAAAGUUGUCUAUGGACUUUCAUAUA